AUGAAUAUUGAAGAAGAAAUUGCCCAAUUUAAUUUUAGUAUGUUGGAGGGUAAAAUAGAUUAUCGUAUUUUAAAAAACAUUAGGGCUUUAGGGUUUAAAAAACCUACACCAAUACAAGCCAAAUCCUUACCGCAUAUGCUGCUUGGAAAAGAUAUUAUAGGAGCAGCAAAGACUGGCAGUGGAAAAACUCUUGCAUUUUUAGUACCAAUUAUAGAAAAAUUAAUUAACUUAGGAUUUACGAAGAGUCAUGGAAUUGGCUGCAUAAUAAUAUCCCCUACAAGGGAGUUAGCACUUCAAACAUAUGAAGUAUUGAAAAAGUUGAUUGUAAAUAUUAAUUUAACACAUAGUUUAGCAGUAGGUGGUGAGAAAAAAUUAAAAGAAGUAGCGUCUUUACAAAAAGGUGUUAAUAUUAUUGUUGGAACACCUGGUCGCAUUUUGGACCAUUUAGAAAAUACUGCAAAUUUUAAGUGCUACAAUUUAAAAUGUCUGGUUUUGGAUGAAGCUGAUAAAUUGUUAGAGGCUGGAUUUGAGAGGCACAUCAUAGGAAUUAUUAAAAAACUUCCAAAAAAGAGACAAACAACAUUAUUCAGUGCAACAAUAGAUGACAAAGUGAAUAAUCUUGCUAGAUUAAUAUUAAAAAGUGAUCCUAAGUUGAUAUCUGUGAUUGAUGGAAACAAUCAAUCGACUGCAAAUGGACUACAGCAAGGGUAUUGUAUUUGUCCAGUUCAAAAUAGAAUGUGCUGGUUAUAUAAAAUGCUGAAAAAGAGUAGAAAGAUGAAAGUAAUGGUGUUUUUCUCAUCUUGCAAAUCAGUUGAUUUUCACUAUGAAUUUUUUAAAACACAUUGUAAAGCAUCAGUUUUGAGUAUACAUGGGAAACAAAGUCAACCAAGAAGAAAAGAAGCUUUUCAAACUUUUGUUAAAGCAGACAAAGGAGUAUUGUUCUGUACAGAUGUAGCUGCUAGAGGUUUAGAUAUACCUGCUGUAGAUUGGAUAGUACAGUAUGAUCCACCUACUGAUAUGAAAGAGUAUAUUCAUAGAGUGGGACGUACGGCCCGAGGUAUUAAUUCUAAUGGAAAUGCUGUCAUACUAUUAAGACCUGAAGAAGAAGAAUUCAUUGAAUAUUUGAAAAGAGAAAAAGUGUAUUUAGACAAAUAUAAUUUUGGUGAUCCAAAUAAUGAUAUACAAAAAAUGCUAGAAAAUCUCAUUGACCAAGAUGGUACCAUGAAAGUUCUUGCUCGAAAAGCAUACCUUUCGUUUUUAAGAUGUUAUAAUAAACAUCCACUAAAUAAGGUAUUCAAUAUAAAGAGACUGGAUUUAAAAAUGGCAGCCAAAGCAUUUGGUUUUCUGGAACAACCACAUGUGGACUUUUUGAAAUCUAAGAAAGGCAAUAAAAAGACCGUG